UGUGCUCUUCCUAUGGUGGACUUCGUGACAGCGGCGUGCUCAAAACUCCGUCCCAAACACUUUGAAAAAUAUUUACAAUCUCAACCUGGUAUUAGAUAUAGAUUACCUAGGGACAAUCAUAGAUAAUACAUUGUGAAACCCGUUGAGGAAAGUGACUUUUUCGCCUCCGGACAACUCUUUAAUCCAAGUCCGAAAAAAGCGGAGAGUUACGGAACGUGGUGGCGGAUGGUGUUAGUAAACGACGCUAGUCACCGUUAGCCAGAGUGUCUACACAAAGUGUGAGAGAAGACUGAAUUUCGGGAGCUUUUUUUUCCAGCUGUCGAGAUAAACCACGGAGACCAUUCGGCCGUCUGCUGCCACUGCUGCUGCCGUCGCCACCUUCAAAUCAACUGUGAAAUCUACAAGGAGCGGACUUGACAGUUGGACUGAAAGCAGGCUAACUUCAGCUAGCUAACCUCAGCUAGCUUUGUUGUGAACUGGUGGAUCAAAGCGCUGCUCGUCAUGCCGCGGAGUAAAAAGGGAAAACGUGGCUCCGGUAAGCCGGGCUCUCUUCGUCAGGAGGUUCUUCAGCUGCAGCUGUCGGCCAAAGCGUCCCUGAAAGGUAUUAAAAAUGGGGUGAAGGGAGAGUCGGGUGCCAGUGAUGAUGAGCUGACGUCUGAUAUUCUCAGCCACUACAGUAGUGCCAGCGAAACCACGUCUGUGCUGGAGGAGGCCACAGGGGGUGAGCAGGUGGAUGAGCAGACUGCCCAGGAGGAAACGGAAGACAAACUUAAACAGUGUAUAGACAACCUGAUGGAUAAAAGUGCUAAGACUCGUCUAGCUGCCCUCGAGUCGUUACGACAGGCCUUCUCCUCCAGAGUGCUGUACGAAUUCCUGACUGAGAGACGCCUCACCAUCAGUGACUGCCUGGAAAGAAGCCUUAAAAAAGGCAGUGGAGAGGAGCAGGCAGCGGCGGCCACAGUCUUCGCCCUGCUCUGUAUCCAGCUGGGGGUUGGAGACGAGGCAGAGGAGGGCUUUAAGAUGCUUCGCCCCAUCCUCACUGCCAUUCUGAUGGACAACAGUGCCAGCAUAGCAGCCCGCCAGAGUUGUGCCAGAGCUUUGGGGAUGUGCUGUUAUGUGUCUGCUGCUGAAGACGGAGAGGACUUGAUCAAGUCAUUGGCCCUUCUGGAGAACAUAUUCAUGUCUUCCUACCCCAACAGAGAGGGGACGCUGCCCGCACCCAAACCUGGGAGUCCAGGCCUUCACAGUGCUGCUCUGCAGGCCUGGUCACUGCUGGUCACCCUCUGUCCCGCAUCCAAACUGACUAAGCUGCUCGAUCUUCACCUCCCCAAACUGCAGGCGUGUCUGGAGAGCAGUGACGUCAACUACAGGAUCGCAGUGGGAGAGACCAUCGCCCUGCUGGUGGAGCUGGGGCGAGAUAUAGAUGAGGAAUUUGAGGUGGAGAACAGCGAAAGUCUGUGUGAAUGUCUGAAGAGUUUAGCCACAGACGGCAACAAACACCGAGCCAAGAAUGACAGGAGAAAACAACGCUCCAUCUUCAGAGAGGUGCUACAUUAUAUAGAGAACGAGGACUUCACAGAGGAGAAGAUCAAGUUUGGCGUGGAGAGCGUUUACAUCGACAGCUGGAUGAGGAGAAGAAUCUAUGAUGCCUUCAAAGAGAUCCUGGAAUCCGGAGUCAGACACCAUCUACAGUUCAACCCACUAUUGAGAGACAUCUUUGGCCUUGGCCCCCCCCUCAUCCUGGAUGCUACCACCAAAGGCACCAAGAUCUCACGGUUUGAGAAGCAUCUUUUCAACUCAGCUGCCUUCAAGGCCAGGACGAAACAGAGGAACAAAGUCAGGGACAAACGGGCUGACGUUAUGUGAGAGAAGGAUGAGGAUGGAGUGGAUGGAUGUGUAAAAUGAGGAAUGCCUUCGCCUGUACUGAGAUGAAUACAAAACGAUGCCUUCAACGCUUCAGCCGUUAGACACCCCAAGGGCCUUUCCACUCGUGCUCUUCACCUGCAACUUAAGUUUCCAGAUUCAAGAUGGUCAUCAUUUAUUCGUAGCUCCCAAAGGAAAUCUUACUGAAGAAGAGUUUUGCUGUUCUUCCUGGCAGGUAUUUACUUUAACUGCAACAACAGUUGCUCACAGUAUUUCCCGCACACUAGUUGAGAUGUUUCAAAAUGAACAUCAGCUGUAAAACAGUGCUGAACUUCUUUAACAUGGGGUGAAAACUGCUUCAUUUCUCAUAAGAGUAAAUGUUCUGGGCACACAUUUAAUGGCGUCCUCAGAUAUCACAAAGGUCUUUUUACAAUAAAAAUACAGAUUAAAUUAAGGAUUAAUUCUUUCUGUAAGGGUCAAACAUUUUGAAGCUUUAUGGUACAUUUCAGAUCUGUGGAAUGUCUCUAAAUCCCUCUUUGGUGUUGAUGGGUAUUGUUUUUAAUACUCGGCUCCAGCUGUUGCCCUGUGGUUUGACAGAUCAGUCAAAUGACGUAACAGGUCCUGGUUAAUCUCUGAAGCUUCACGUUCGAGAAUCAGACUUCUGUAACAAAGACCAAACAGAGCCACAGAAGUAUUCUGGAAAAACUCUCUUCUUCUCUGGGCUGAAUUAUUCCUCGCUACCCCCUCAUUCAUCCUCUGUCUUUACCCACAGAGUCACUACUUCAGCUGCCAAACCAGAAACUGACUUAACAAACAAUGCAACCUAGAAGAAAAUGUGUGUAGUGUUUGUGUGAGAGUGUGUUUUAUUUGAAUUUUAUUUAACAUCAUUAAGUAAAACACUUAAAAAAAAAAAAAAAAAAAAAA